GAUGGGUGUACAAGGGUGUACAUGUUUCUCAUGUAUACAGACAGUAUGUAUGUAAGGCCCAAAAUUCCCAAUCCCCUCAGAUUGGCACGUAAGUUUAUCCGAUCUCCCUCUAAGCACGUACAUCAUCGUCAAUUGUGCCAGAUUUUGGCCCUGCAUACUCAUCAUUCAAUCGGCAGAGCCUCAGAGGUCUGUUGCUUUCAUAAACAAAAGUUGAGUGUUUGUCGAUUAAGUUCGCGGUUAUUUUCCACCAUAUGUACUUGCCUGCCGCUACAUCUUCUCCUGUGUACUUCCCUGAUCUCAAAUAUCCGGGAUUCUGACUAGCGUCUCGUUAAUAGUAAUGAGUGCAAGUCAGGAGGUGAAGUCAGGAGUUUCUGGGGCUCUCAUCUUUGACUUGAUGGGUACUUGUACGAACUGGUCUGCUUCCGUUGUAGCUGCUUUAAAAAAACAAUGCGCCAACACUCCGCUUAUCCUUCCAAAAUUACAAUCGGAUGAGGAUUUGACGCGGUUCGCCUCUGCCUGGAGAGCUGGAUUUUUUCGUGAAAUUCACCAGCGUUUCCAAAACGGUGAACCCCAAGAGGACAUCGAUAUUACCCACCGCAGAGUGUUGGAUCAGCUGCUGUCCGAGAAAGACAUGUCGGUGACCACGGAUAUUUGGGGAGAUGAUAUCAGAACAAUCUUGGUGCAAAGUUGGCAUCACCAAAAUGCUUGGAUAGAUGCUGUCGCGGGUUUGAAAAGAUUGAAAAAAGAUUAUUUUGUAGUUGUACUCGCAAACGGGACUACACGUCUACAAUUGGACCUCGUAUAUUCCUCGCAAUUGUCCUUCCACGCCCUCUUCUCCUCUCAACUUCUAGGAUUUACGAAGCCAGAUCCGAAAAUGUAUCAGAAAGUGUUGGAACUUCUGAAUCUUGAAGCAAAGGAAUGCAUAAUGGUGGCUGCUCAUGCUUAUGAUCUACGUGCUGCUGCUAAAAUAGGUAUCAAAACUGCCUAUAUUCAUCGCACUACUGAAGACCCAGAAGAGGACAUGCAGCAAGUUCGGAGUGAGUGUGAUAUAUUUGUUUCUGGAACAGAUGGGAGUACCUCUUGCGGAUUAAAUGAAUUGGCCGAUAUCUUGUGUUCGCCAUCUAAUAAUGCCUCAAGGUUGGAUUUGGAAGACUAGUAUUUGUAAUUAGAGUGCGAGGAAAGAAAAAGUAUUUCUGAAAACUACAUACAUACC